AUGUGUGGAGUAAUUUCAGCUGAGUUUUCUCGUCUGACUGCAGACAGUUUUGAGAGUUCCCUCGCCGCUGAUCCAGUACUGCUUCACCACUUCAAUGAUUUCUUGAGCCUGCCGUGUUUCCCAGAGUCUCUGAUGUUCAACCAGAGGUCUGGGCUGUUUGAGGUGGUGAGCGGAGCAGCCGGGGUCGUCUCCAGCAGAAUCAGAUCGGCUCUGCUCCGCAGCAGAUCGCUGCUCCUCACCGGUGACCCCACAGCCCUCGGCUCAACGCCCAAGGUGGAAAACCACUACACGGUCCAUUGUCUGGACACAGAAGAAGGAAUUCAGUGGAUCAAAAGGGAAAGAUUGCCCUUUUUCUUUCAAAGCGACUGUUACCAUGAAUACAGAUUGGAAAAGUUGCUCCUGCAGUGGGACCCAAACGUCUGUCUGCACAGAGGGAAGAGCUCCUCCGACCGAGCCACUCGCUCAGCUCCACAACUGCGUCCUUCUCAGUUUAACCAAACUACAAUGAAAACCAGGACACGGUCAUAUUCUGAAGAGCAUUGUUCUCACUGCCGUUUACCUAAAUGUGAGGAAACACAGAAACCUGAGCGCUGGAGGCCAGCCGGUGUCCUGGAGGAGGGCCGCAGAGAGCCCAGUCUGCAGAUGUUUGAGUCCCUGGACCAGCAGCUGGACUACCUGGCUGCCAGAGUGGUAACACAGGUCCUGAAAGACGUGCAGAACUUGAUGGAUGGCCAGAGCUGGGCAAACACUUCAGGAGACGGGACUAAUUGCCCCAGCGCAGAUAAAUCCCCUCAAAGCAGCGUUUGCCAACGGCCAGCAGACAAUGACAGAGAGAGAUCGCAAGGAGAGAAAGAAAGAGUUCAAGAUGGCAAGAGGGGGAGUGCAGGCGAGCAGGCUGAAUGGGAUUGGAAGAAUGGGGAGGUGGAGAGCAGAGGCACACGGCAGGAAAAAGUCCUCGAUAUUUGUUGCCACGGCGCCUGUUGCCAAGUGAAUCGGCCAGGCCUGGAGGAGUUUAGGGAGUUUCUGCGAGGGACGCCAGGAGAGAAGCUGAUUAACCUCUGGAUGGACACAGAGCGACUGAAAGCGACCCAAGAGAAAGAGCGAAAGAACAGGCAUUUAGCUGUGAUGAGGAGCUGGUACCUGACGAGCAGCAGUCACACCUGCCUCAACGUGGAGCUGCUCUCCAGACUGGGACUGACCACCCCCCUCUGCUGGACUGAGGAGAAACUGCACUCAGUCCAGUCCUGCCUCACUGACUCUCUCCUCCACUACUGGACUCCGCGGUUCUUGUUCUCACGGUGUGUCCAGGAGGAUCCUCCUGCCCCCCCUCCUGUGGCGCCACACACAGGCUGCAGUCAGGGCUCCACACCUCCACCUGUCCCACGUCCUGAAACCUGCUGGAGUCGAUCCUACCGGACUGUUCACACACCUGAAGACCUCCUCCACAAGUUGCAGUCUAUCAGCGGUGAGGAGCUUUCCAGAAGAAGAAUCGAGACGAUGUUAGAUGCUCUCUGUGCUGAAUCCCGAUCUGGUUUCUAUUUCACUCAUUUCUGUGAACAGUCUUCAAAUCAGCUGUGGGUGAAUGCAGUUUACUUCUGGACCGACCUGCAGCACUACCAUGAGUUGUUCUACCAGGAGGGACUCGAUGCCUACAGAGUCCAGAGGGAGGCGCAGCUCCUCUACUUCACAUACAUCUGCGGUUCUGCGAGGAGGAGCCUGGGUGGAGACGAGAGGAUGAGCCGGGAGGUGUACGACCAGCUGAGCCCUGCGUUUGAGGAUCUGUUUGACGGGGUGGAGGAACACGCCCUGCAGAUCCUGCUGGAGCCGUGGACACUGCUGGUCGACAAGGACCAGGAGUCCCUGCAGCAGGUGUGUGUGCAGGAGGAGGUGCGUCGCGUCGACAGCCAGGAGUUCAGGGAACUGACGAGUCUGUACGAGGAAUCGGAGCGGCAGCUGAAGCAGCAGCAGCAGCGUCAGUCGGAGUUCUCCUCUUCAUCGAUAACUCCGUCGUCUUCCUCCUCAAAAAGUCACAGGUCGUCUGAGUCCUGGUCCAGAGUGUCUCCAGAGUACCAGGGUUACCGAUUAGGUUCUUUACUCCGUCACCGCCAUGAGAUCGGUCACUUCAUGUCCUUCUUAAAGAGACAGGAAGCCAACAUCCAUCUGAGGUGCUGGCUGGACCUGGAGCAGUACAGGAGGACUCCCCGGAGGGACGGCGAGGUCCGACGGGAGAGGUCCCGCCACAUCUGCUCCAGAUACCUCAACACCAAGUACUUCUUCAGCCCCGACAGCCCCGCCACCGCAGAGCAGCAGGCCGGCAUCCUGCAGAUGACAGGUGGGCUGGAGCGUCUGAAGUCGGGGUGCCUGUCAAAGUCCGCAGUGGAGGAGAUCCGGGACAUCGUCAGGACUCACAUCGAGAGGACCUGGCUGCCUCUGUUUCUGUCCUCAGCGGAGUUCACAGAGCGACAGGAGCACAGAGCAAAGGUGCAAGCAGCAGACGGCCGCUCACAUCACGCCCUCCGCCGGCGCAGAGCGAGGAGAGAAGGCUGCAAGGCUGAAGGCUUGUGGAUGAGCUCCUCCAAAGAGAUCCUGCUCUUUCGCCGAGUCCUGCUCAACCCAGUCACCUGCCAGCUCUUUCAGCACUUUGUCUCCCUGAAGGGAGACUUCCUGGAGAACGACGUGCUCUUCUGGCUGGAGGUGCAGAGGUACAAGGACCUCUGCCAUUCCCACAGCGAUGAGACCACCAUCCAGCACAAGAUCUCCACCAUCAUCAGCUGCUUCAUCAGCUCCUCCGUGCCCCCCGCCCUGCAGAUCGACAUCCCCCCGGAGCAGGCCCAGCACAUCCUGGAGAAACGCCACCAGCUGGGCCCCUACAUCUUCAGAGAGGCACAGAUGUCUGUUUUCAGUGAAUUGCUGAAGCUCUGGCCCGAGUUUGAAGAGUUACGCAACAGCAUGGAGGAGGAGCAGCUCCGUCCUCUGCUGCAGGAGAAACGAGUGAAAUACAGAGCCAGAGUGAGACGACAGAGGAGGAAGGAGGAGGAAGAGGAGGCAAGGAGGAGAGCCCAGGACGAGCUGGAGAGCCCAGACUCCAGCUGCAGGGAGGAGGAAGAGAUGGAUUACGACGACGAGACGGAGGAAGAGCAGGAUGGAGGGAGUGAAAGGAAGCUGUCCAGGACACUGAGCAAAGUGCGGCUGACUCCCCCUCAGCCGUUGUCGUGGUCGUACUCCAAGUACAUGGCGGGUCUGAAGAAAGAGGAGGUGCUGCUGAGGAAACAGAGUCAGACCCCCCUCUCCUCAGUCUUAGAUUCCUCCUCGUCCUCCAGCUGCAGCCUCCCGUCUCUGCAGCGCUCCGCCGCCUCCGCAGCAGGCAGCGGCAGGCGAGGGAAACGGCGGCACGCAACGCGAGCCAGCACCAGCCUGACACGAGCCGAGCAGCAGGACUGACUCUCCGGACCGAACCCGCCGUUUCCCAGAAGCUUACACAGAAGCACGGAGCUCCAGUUAAUAAUUAUUGGUUUUAAU